AUGGUGCAGGUCGCUGUUUCAGGUCCGAAUGGCGGAAGUGGGGCGACUCGUCCUCCGCAUAAUCCAAAAACAGGAUUAUUCGUCUAUAUGCUCGCGUUUUCGGCAGUCAUCGGUGGAUUUCUAUUUGGAUAUGACACCGGAAUUGUCUCGGCUACAAUGCUUUAUGUUCCCAAUAAUCCCGGAAUGAGUCCGAUGAAUUCCGUCUGGCAAGAAAUCAUCGUGAGCAUUACUCCUGGCGUCGCAGCGUUGGGCUCAUUGCUUUCCGGUCCCGGCUCGGAUUAUAUUGGACGAAAAAAGAUUAUCAUCGGCGCGAGUUUGACGUUCGUUGUUGGUGCUGUUAUAUGUGCAGCGGCUUGGAAUAAAAUUGUUCUCGUGAUCGGACGAAUAUUCCUUGGAGCUGCCAUAGGAUUCGCAUCAAUGAUUGUUCCGGUUUACGUUGGAGAAGCCUCGCCGGCUCACAUUCGCGGAAUUCUAGUCACAGGGUUUCAGCUCAUGAUUACUCUUGGCCUUGUAAUCGCCAAUGUUAUCGGUGGUGCAUUCAGUUAUCUCAAUCCGGAUUAUGUCGGGUGGAGACUGAUGUUUGCUUUUGCCGCAGUUCCCGCUGUCAUUCAAUUCGUCUGCUUCAUCUUCCUUCCCGAGAGUCCUCGAUGGCUCUAUGAGCACGACCGAACACUCGAAGCUGAACUUGUCUUGAAAAAAAUCUACAACAAUGACUUGGAGUGGGUAGAAUAUGAAAUGAAUGAAAUUCGGUUUUCCUACGAAGAGGAGAUGCGAGCGAAAAUUGAAAACGAAGGAAGUGGUCCGACAAUUAUUCGAGUCCUCAAGACACCACAUGUCCGAAAAGCUUUAUUUGUCGGAUGUGCUUUGCAAAUGUUCCAGCAGUUGUCGGGAAUCAACACUGUGAUGUAUUACACAGGGAACAUAAUCAGAUCAGCUGGUGUCAAAGACAAUCACACAACAAUUUGGAUUUCGGUUGGAACAUCGGCGAUCAACUUUUUUGGAACCUUUAUUCCAAUAUUCUUAAUUGAAAAAGUUGGCCGUCGUGUCCUUCUUCUUUGCUCGAUGAUCGGAGUUAUUCUCUUCUUGAUCGCAAUGGGUGUAUCAUUCCUUCUAAUCAACAAUGAUUCGGCUCUUGCUUAUGAUUCGAAACUUUACGACAAUAUGCCGAAUUUCGAUAAUACCACUAAAGAUGCUUCAUUUUGUCGAAAAUUUAAAAAUUGCGAUUUCUGUGUGACCGAGGACAAUUGUGGAUUCUGCGAGCAAAAGGGUUCCAAAAAAGGAUAUUGCCUACCAUUUGCAACCAAAAAUUCUGAUAAAUACUCAAGCACGGGAAUUUGUGAAUUUGACAAAUUCACCGGAAAUGGAACAUUGUUUGAAUGGGAUGAUACGUACUGUCAUACAAAAUACACCGUCUUGCCCAUUAUUAUCAUGGUUUUAUACCUUGUGAGCUUCGCUGGAGGUUAUGCACCGCUUCCUUGGGUUCUCAAUGCUGAGUUCUAUCCAUUGUGGGCACGAAGUACUUGCGUUUCAUACUCGACAGCCGUCAAUUGGAUUUUCAAUCUGAUUGUCUCUUUAACUUUCUUGUCAUUGAGUCAAGCGGCUACCAAAUAUGGAACGUUUUUCAUUUAUUGCGGAUGUACGAUAGUGGCUUUAAUCUUUGUGUAUUUCAUGAUUCCCGAAACAAAAGGAUAUAAUAUCGAUGAGGUUGAACUACUAUUUAUGACUAAAAAAGCUCGCGAAAAGAUUCGUAAUUCGCCGAAGGAUUCUGAUGUUGCGUCAAUAUCUCCCAAAGAAUUUGACACAAAGUUCUAA